AUGAUGAUGUCGCCUGCUCUCAGCCGUCAUCAUCACUCCAGCUUCUCCGCUGCUCCGUCUUCUAGUCGCGCCGCUGCCUCCUCCCGCUCCUCUCUCCUUGACACCAAGACGACUGCCUCUCCGGGCAAGCCCUCCCCACGAACAUGUGCCGUUGAUGUCGCCGUCAAGCAGCUCGGCCUCGGAGAGAACAUCGUCGUUGCGUCUUCCUCAAGCCGUCCGCUUCAGCCUAUCGACACCAAUAUCAGCAAGACCGCUCGUCAACAGGCCUCAUCAUCUCGUGCGCAGACUCCAUCUUCAUCCCCAAAGCUGGGCGGGAGGUCCUCGCCAUCCAAAAAGACUCGCUCGCCAUCGAGCAAAGACAUCUCCGCCGGUGUCCGCUCCGCUGCAAAGGCAAGCAAGGUCGGUUCCAUCUUUAGCUCCUCCGCAUCGGUCACGCUCAAAGGCGAGCGCAUCAGCGUCAAGGUGCCUCAGCGGCUCCCGACUCCUCGCUUGAAGCCCAACUCGUCCCCUUACGAGGAUCUGUCCGCGCACCUCUCCCGCCACCACUUCUUCACCGAGGCUCACGAUGCGGAUCGCCACUCGAUCACACCGGACUUCUUCCUCGAGACCUACCUCGAAACCGCACGUCUUGGCAAGUGCAGUCUGUACCAUCAGACCGAGAGCUUCCUCAACGCGAACAAAGCCUUCAUAAUGACCAAGGAGAUUCCCGGUCAGCCUCUGCCCGAGACAGUUCCGCUCGAUGUCACCGAGUGGCUCGACUCGCUUCAGCGUCCGCCCACGCACCUUCUUGCCGUGCACUCGGACAACGAGGCUGCGACGCUGUACGCCGUGCAUGGGCCAGUGCUUGCGCUGCAAUGCGUCUCCAUCCCCUUCUUUCCCGCAUCCAAGGAGACGCAGGAGAACGGCAUCACGACCAAGCACAUGCCCACGCUCGCCCUCCGUGUGCCCUCCGUCCAGCACUUCAACACGAUCCUCCGCUGGUUCUACUCUCAGUCCACCAUCUCGCUCCUCCACGAACUGCUGCCACUCAAGCACAUCCUCACCUACCUCACCAAGCGCAGUCUCGCCCACCGCAACGCUGAUGCCGCGCCCGUCGACAUCGCUCGACUCUCCCAGGUCGACUUGGUCGAAGCCAUGUCCACCCUCUCCACCAAGGCUUUCUUGGGGCGACUGCAGACCAUCCAGGCCGUGUGGAAGAACGGCGUCGCGCUCGGCAUCGUCUCGUCCAACUUCUGGUCCGCACUGGACAACGCGUGGAACCUCAUCAUUGCCGGCAUGAUCGCGAGCUCCAAACGCAAGGCUCAGAUUCACAAGGUCGUCGCUAGCGUCGUCUCAGGGGAUGCUGUGGCGACGGCAAAGGCCAACGAGCUGACGCAACAGCUUCAGUCGACCAAGCUCGAGUAG